AUGGUCUUAUCUGGGGAAACAAGACCCCGACAUCCAUAUUGGUAUGCCCGUGUUCUGGGCAUUUACCACAUGGACGUCUUGCUCAAUACUGAAGGUCCAAAAAAAACGCACCAGAUUGAGGUUCUCUAUGUCAGAUGGAUGGCACCCUUGAUCGAUCACCAAUCAGGGAUGAGCCGCGCGCGACUUCCAAAGGUCGUGUUUGUUGAAGAUUCUGAUCAUGAUGUGUUUGGCUUUCUUGAUCCUGGCCAGGUCAUCAGAAGUGCGCAUCUAAUUCCUGCAUUUGUUUCUCAUCGCGGGACCACCUCUCUUUGCCACAGAAGGUCAUUUGCACAACAAUGUGGUGAAUUGGACAACUGGGAAGCUUAUUAUGUGGGCAUAUUCGUCGACCAGGACAUGUUUAUGUGUUAUAUGCACUAUGGGAUUGGGCACCCUAUUGCUCUGUGUCAACUGACAAGAGAUUGUGCUAACGCGGAACUCGUGGAUGAUCCAGGACCGGAAGAACAUGAGAAUGAUGAUGACGAGUGGGAGAGCGACAGUCGACCUCAUCGCAGUGUGGGUGGUGAAGAAGGAAGGCAGGAAGAUGAUAGUGGCGAAGAUGAAGAGCAGGAGUGUGACAAUGACAAAGAGUCAAGUGUCCAAGAUGACAAGGACAUGGAGGUUGGCCUAGGGAGUUUCUCCCUAGGCCAGAGCUCCGCUUCUCUGCUCCUCCGCUCCUCCACUCAUCUGAAGUUCCAGAAGUUCGUCCGGAACUUUCCAGCGGUCCUCCGGACCUAUUCUGCUUCGGACUUUGUCCUUGCAGCCUUUCCUCUGACGAAACCCCAUUGUAAUUUCCGGAAGUUCCUCCGGAACUUUCCCGCACUCAUCCGGAAGUUACUUGUACCCGUCCGGAAAGUCCUUCCGAAGUUUCCCGCACCUUCGGAUGUCUUCGGACUUUCCUUGGACACCAAUCUGAAAUUAAGGGCACAUACUCUGAAUCAGUCCUACCCUUUGUGCAUGGUCUUAACAAUUAGCGACAUUGGCAUUAGUGCAUUUAGCUUGAUGAAUGAGAAUUUGGAAGAGGACACAGAAGAGGACGAGGGCCCAGUCUUAACGUAUCCGAGAGACAUGCUGCAUCUCGAGUUAAGCGAUGGUUUCACAACUGUCGAGGCUGUGGAAUAUCGUGCUAUACCACAGCUUGAACUUGGUGUGACUCCGCUGGGGUACAAGAUCCUCUUGAAAGACGUACAUAUUCGCAGAGGCGUUAUAUUCCUUGAACCUGAGACGAUUGAGCUGAAGGCACAUCAAACAGAAGACCAUCAAGUCAUGCAAGAUGAAAUAUUUCUGCGCCACCUCAGACGGAGGCUUGGACAACCCGACCCGGAGCUCAAUCUACAACCACCUGGUGAGGCGGAGGCUCCACUGCGGGCACCCUCCCAGGGUUCCAUCUCGUCCUGUUGCUAA